AUGGGAGGCAGCAAGAAGACGACCGCUGCUGAACGUCAGGCCAAGCUCCUGGAGGAGGCCAAAGGAGAGGUGAACCGCCGCGCUUGCCUCCAUCGCCAGCUACACAAGACGAAAUUCUGCACCUACUUCCUCAAGGGGGCCUGUCACUAUGGCCCACAGUGUGCCUUCGCACACAGCUGCACCGAGCUCCAGGCCAUGCCGGAUCUUCGCAAGACCCGCAUGUGCAAGGCCUUCGCCGAGGGCAAGUGCACCGAUCCGAACUGUGCCUUUGCGCAUGGCGAGCAGGAGCUGGUCUCGACGGGUCUCUUCCAUAAGAUGUCGCUUUGCAAGUGGAAUGAAAAGGGCAAAUGCCGAAACGGCAGUCAGUGCCGCUUUGCGCACGGACUCGAGGAGCUCCGUGACAUGAAAAAGGCUGUGACGGCAGCAGCAGCCUUUGCUCCUCCGGACGUCAGCGCCUCAGGGGCCUUAGAGUACAGCGUCAGCAUACAAGUCACAAGUCUGAAGGAGCUUGGUGAAGAUAUCCGGGAUACAGGGUUCCCUCUUUCGCGUGACUUCGUUGGGCAAAUCCCGAACCAUUGGGACGGCAGAGAUGGCCUGAUCAAGCUCUCCCUGCUUGGGACUUUGGACAGGAUCUUUCCCCUGCUUGGGACUUUGGACAGGAUCUUUCCCCUCAAGUCGGAAAGAUGCAAAUUCUACCUACUUUGUGUGUGUGUGUGUGACAGGUGCCUGCAAAAUCCAAGCCGAUCGAGAAGGCGGAGCCGAUGA